UGGCUUUCAAGUUUCGGAUCCAACGCACGUUAUCUCUCCUUCUCUUUCCAUAACUUUGCUUUUCUCUUUUCUCUCUCUCUCGUUCGACUAAUGGCAGAUAUUUGCUGCGUCAAAGAGAUCCAAGAAGAGGACGUAGACAAGAUCCGGUUACCGACACGACCUGAUCAACUGAUCCUCCCCGAUCACGAAGAUCCAACGGUCAACAACGAAGAUGGGUGCAAGACUCCAACAUCUUCCGCUCACAAGAUUCCAGCGGCGAAGUAUACGUUAUGCCCACCAGCUCCUAGAAAACCCAGACCAAAAAGAAAAGUGACACCGGUUAAUGUUGUUAACCGUGUACCGAUUGAUCUGAGCCGGGAGAUCGAGAUGUUCUUUGAGGAUUUGGACCGCAGGAUCAAGAAGUCAAGGAAACAAUAAGAAGAAGACCAAGAAGAGUAUAUUGAUCAUUUCUAAUUUAUGACUGUGUGGUGGUAAUUGAUCCUUUUAAUUUUUUCCCUUCAUCUGUUCUUUUCAUUUUCUGUAUAAUACAAGUGGCAUGUUGAUAAUUAACAAUAAAAAUGUAUCUCAUUAUGAAUCCUUUAUUUCUGAUCUAUACAACUUUUUAAAGGUAAAAUUUCUCAUGAUA